AUGUUGCUUUGUCUUUGAAAACGAUAUCACAUUAUUGAUCAAUCUAAGAACGAGAGUGGCGUCUCUAAAUCAGCCGUUAUCUUCUUCCUCUUUCUUUCUCUCCUCAUCUCAUAUUCCUCUGUUUCUCCUCUAAUCUCUUUAUUUCUCUUGUUACUAAUUCUAAUUGGUUUUGAUAGAACUUGAAUUCUAUCAGAAUUUUCCUUGCUUGCUCGAACAACGCCGAUAAAGGCAUUUCCUUCAUAGCCAAACCACCCAUUUACCAACUAAAAUUUCAAUCUGAGAAAAAAACUUUAGGGUUCGAUUCGAAAUCUGAAACGAAUUAACGAGAAAAUGUAAAAGCGAAGAGCAUUUCUAAACACGGAUGACGGGAUGAGAUCAUCCCACGUCAAGUGGAGAUGAUAGUCAUAAUUAAUAUCAGCCGUUAGAUCUGUGGACAAACCUUAAACCGACUCAGCUGGAAAAUUCCAGUUCAAUGAUCAGCUUUACAGAUUUCAUCAAAAGGGGAAAAUAAAAAGCUUGAUUGGUUCUCGAAUAAAGAUCCCAAGAGAGAGAAGCUUCGUAUUACUACUUAGUUGUCUUCAUCAUGAUGAUCUUUGAUCUAAACAAUGUCUUUCUUCUUCCUCACCAUUCCUUCCUCUCUGAUUUUAACACUUUGCUUACAGAUGGAUAAUAAUAGGCAAAAUGCAUCCUGAGAUUCAGAUUUUGUCAUCUCUAUAAAGAUUGGUUUUGUUGUUGCUCUGUGGUUUUUUUAAGAGUAACCAUCAUGUACAUGGGAGAGGAGAAACAGAGUGAGAUGAGUAGCAAAAUGAUGCUAUUCGGUUUGCUGAUUAUGAGAAUCUUUGAUGAAGAGAAGGAUAAGCUUCUUCAGAGGCUUGAGGAUGCUAAUAGUGAAAUUACAGAGUUGAAGAAAGUGAGAAACGAAGAUGCAAAAGCUAACGAGAAGGUAGUUAGCAUAAUCGCGUCUCAGAAACAGAUUUGGUUAAAGGAGAAGUACAGAUUAAGGCUGCAGAUUGAAGCACUGAUGAGAGAGCUAAGGAACAUGGAGAAGAGGAAGAGAAAAAGCUUAUCGGAGUUGCAAGAAAGAUUAAAAGAAAAGGAAGGUUUAGUGCAAUCUAAAGAUACGGCUAUAGAAGAAGAGAAGCGUAAAGGCGAAGAGUUAGAGGAAAAGCUGGUCAAGGCAGAAAAGGAAGUUCAAGAUUUGAGGGAAGCACAAGAGAGAGAUGUGCAAGAACAUUCGUCUGAGCUAUGGAGGCAAAAGAAGACAUUCCUUGAGCUUGCUUCUAGCCAGAGACAGCUCGAAGCUGAAUUGAGUCGUGCGAAUAAGCAAAUCGAGGCUAAAAGAUACGAACUUGAAGACUUGUCAUUAGAGAUGGGUAAGUUGCGAAAAGAUUUGGAACAGAAAGAUCGAAUCUUGGCGAUGAUGUUGAAGAAGUCGAAACUGGAGAUGACCGAGAAGCAGACAUUAUUGCUUAAGGAGGCCAAAACGAAGCAAGAUGAAGAUGAAGCAAAGAAAUGGAGAUCGAACUCAAAAUCAAGAAAAAACGAGAGACGGUCACUAAGAAGCAUGUUUGCUUUUGAAGCCACAAGCAAGACUAAACCCAACAGUGUUGAUUACACUACUCACAUUGAACAUUUGGAAUUGAACAAAGAUCCUGAUGUAGUCCCGGAAAUCAUGGAUUCCCACUCUAUUGGUGAUCUCAGUGAAUUAGGAAUCGACGGAUUCGUAAAGAAGCGUGAGAAUUUGAGUUUUGGAGAGGAAGAGCUUUGUAUUAGAGUGAUAGGGAAGAAGCAAGAGAUAGAGAUAGGGGAAUUUACAGAGCAUGUGAAGCUAAAAGAUGAAAAGGUUGAAGCUUUGUGUUUGCAUCUGAUGAACUCUGAGUUAGAAUCAAAGCGGUUGAGAUCUUGUAUUGAAGGACUGAGCCAAGAAAUGUCACAGUUGAGACACAAUAACACAAAACUCCAAAGCAUGGUAAGUCCAAGAGGUGAAGAAUCGGUUUCCUUAAAGAAACAGCAACUCAAGACACAGCUAAGAAGCUUGGUGUCCCACAAGAGCUAUAGAGGAAAGAACACAAAAACAGAACAGCGAGAAAGCGAAAAAGAUUCUCAGGAAAAUACGACCGAUAAAGGAAGGGAAUCAUACUCUCCUGAUGAACUGAGACAUUUAACUUUGAAAGCUGCUCAAUCUGAUGCAGAAGAAGAAUCUGAAAAGGAAAGUCAUGAGUUUACCAAAAGAGAAAAAGCAGAUGGUAAGGAGAGUGAGAGCCUGGAAAAGCCAUCAAGCGCAAGCAAUCCACCAUGGAGAAUGGAUCUUCAUGCUCUUGGAGUUUCAUUCAAGAUCAAAAGGCUGAAACAACAACUAAUGAUGCUUGAGAGAUAUAUCGGGAAACAAGAGAGCCAAGAGAUUGACAAAAGCAGCAAUGAUACAGGGAAAAGGGCUUUGUUAUUGCUCAUUACAUUGCUCAACAAACAAGUUACUAGGUAUCAAUCACUACAAGAGAAGAUUGAUGACUUAUGCAAAAGAAUGCAUGCGAAUGAUGCAGAGAAGAUUAGCGGCAAAACGAAAGCAAAUGGGGAAGCCAAAACAUCACUAGAGCAUUUCUUAGAUGAGACAUUUCAGCUCCAAAGAUACAUAGUGGCAACAGGACAGAAACUGAUGGAAAUACAAUCGAAGAUCGCUUCUGGCUUUGUCGAGGCUCUAGUAGUAGGCUUGAUCACUACUGAAACCUCCACUUCUAGUAGCAGCUUUGAUCCAGAACGUUUUGCAGAAAGCAUCAAAAGUCUGUUUCAGGAAGUGCAGAGAGGGCUUGAGGUUAGGAUAUCUCGAAGCAUAGGUGAUCUUGAAGGGACAUUAGCUCGUGAGGGAAUGAUACUUUUAAAGCGACGUGGUGACAUGGAGCGACGAGUAUGAGAAGCAGCUACUCCUCUUUCAGCUUUUCUUAAGUUUAAUAACAACACACUUUAGGUUUUUUUGUACAUAGACUUCACUUAUAUAACAGAGAUCAUUGAUUGUGUUACAAUCUAGUUAUAUAUGAAUUCGUUUUCAUCCUUCUUCUUGUCAAUAUUAAAACAUUGUUUUAUCAUC